AUGGCGAGAUUUCCUCCGGCCGAAAAUAUCUUGUUGGACCGUCCUUCAGUGGUCAUUGACUCUGGAUACAGGAUUAUUCUUUGGUAUAUACCGGAUGCUUUGACACCGUGGGUGCAGAAUGAUAUGUUUUUGGCGACCCUUUCCAUGGGCGAUCUGUUAAAAAGGAGCAUCACGAAUGGCAAGUCAGGUGGUUGGAGGACCCACAGGACAAAUUUCUACCAGACAGAAACCCCGGGAUUGACACCUGGCUGCAUCAACAUUGUGCCAUGUUGGUUCCAGCAAGGACAUGAGAAUCCAGACGAUGGAUUUAAACCCGAGGUGUCUGCAACAUUGAAGGGCGAUAGGAGCCUGGCAAUGAUAACCGCAAUGCAAAGACUGGCCUUGCUAGCUUCUGCUGCCUUGCAUGUCAUGCACCCUCAGCUCUACUGGGCUUCCGUCAGGACCCAUGUUGAACUCGGGCAUUGGUCUGCUGAGCAAGGCUUGCACGACAUGCAUAGGUUUUUAAAGCAUUGGGCUUUGGUUUACACUGGUGCUGCCGUCGUUUGUAACCGUGACUCCCCCGAUCACCGAGAUCCAAAAUGUCCUCCUGAGGCAUUUGACAUUCUAACGUCCAUAGGCAACUACCGGCAUGCGGUGAUGCAUUUGACGAAUCUCGGAAUCGACUUGGUAUACACCCCCGGAGUGAUGGUGAGCUAUUCCGGCCGUCUGGUAAGGCAUGGCAUCCGCGUUGACGAUGGUGAUCGGAUAGUUUGGGCCUGGUUUCUCCGAGACAGUGUGCAUAAUUAUGCCAGAACCCCUCGCCCGGAUUACACGAGAUACGAUCCUUCCCAUCUUAAUCCAUCUAGGGUGGCUAAGUACAACCAAGCAGAUUUUGCAAUAUAUGGCACAAUGUAG